UCAGAUGGACGUUAAUAACUGGGACUCCCCGGGAUUGUUCACAACAACGGAGGAAGCAGCACCAGCUCUGACCAAAUAAAGCCCCGUCGCGAUUUUUUAGAUCCUGUUUUGGAAACAUACGAACGGAAACGCGUUACUGUGCUUCUCUACUGAUAGCUAUUGUUUGUACGGAGCUAGCUUUGUCCCUUUCUUCGCCGUCACAGCUGUGGUGGGUUGCUGAUAUAUUUACACAAAUCGUUGUGGAAUAUGGCUCAGCAUGGACACCAUGUAGCCAGUUCCCAAAAAGCACUGAUGCUGGAGAUGAAAAGUCUCCAAGAUGAGCCGGUCGAAGGGUUCAAAAUAACUUUGGUGGACGAGUCGGACAUGUACAACUGGGAAGUAGCGAUAUUCGGACCCCCAAACACGCACUACGAGGGUGGUUAUUUUAAGGCUCGGAUCAAGUUCCCAGUCGACUACCCGUACUCUCCACCUGCUUUUCGCUUCCUCACCAAAAUGUGGCACCCGAACAUUUAUGAGAACGGAGAUGUUUGCAUCUCUAUCCUGCACCCACCAGUGGACGACCCACAGAGCGGGGAGUUGCCUUCAGAGAGGUGGAACCCCACACAGAACGUCAGGACCAUCCUGCUCAGUGUGAUCUCUUUGCUGAACGAGCCCAACACUUUCUCCCCGGCCAACGUGGACGCAUCCGUCAUGUACCGCAAGUGGAGGGACAGCAAGGGCAAGGACAGAGAAUACAUUGAGAUCAUCAGGAAGCAGGUGGUGGCGACCAAAGCGGACGCAGAGCGGGACGGUGUCAAGGUUCCCAUCACGUUGGACGAGUACUGUGUCCGCACCCAAGUCCCGCCCACAGACGACGGCUCAAACCUCUUAUACGACGACUACUACGACGACGAGGAGCUGGAGGACGACGACGAGGACGAGGACGACGACUGUUGUUACGAUAACGACGACUCGGGCACCGAAGACUCCUGACCACGCCUUCGCAUGAUGUCCCCCCCCCCCCCCACCCUCCCCCCCACCACCUCACACACAAACACACCUUCCUCUCUUAUCAUGGACUGAACUUUAAUUCCCUGCCCACCCCUCACAUCGCCGGCCGCCCUGUCCACCUUCUCUCACAUGUGCAGCACGCACACUAAAACCUGAUGCAGCGCAGAAAAGAAGCUCGAGUCGUUUUUUGUUUGUUUCUUCCAUGUUGUUACAUUUGUUGUCUGAGUAGAGGUCACACACGACACACACAGCAGCACAACUUACAGUAACCGCUUCUGAUUGUCUGCACUGAUUCCUGGUUUAAUCUCAAGUGUUUGAGCUCCGAGACCGGUUCCUUCCUCCGGCUUUCAGUGGCACAAAGCCCGUCUGAUGGCCAAGUUUGGCCCGAGGAAUUGUCACGCCUUCUCUCGACAUCAUCAGCAGGGUGGAAUAUAACGUCACAGGUCCGAUCACAUCGGAGUCAAACAAGCAGGAAACAGUCAUAAAGGAAGCUAAUUUAGGAUAAUUGGCGCACAGUUUGUGUGUUUUUGAAUAGCGUCACUGAUGAGCCAUGUGUGUGACCUUUGGUUAUUAGCGGGCUGUUUGAAGCCCUGCCAUGCUUCACCUCUGACCUUUUUUUUUUUUUUGAGCCCCAGGGCUUGUGCUGCUCCAAAUCCAUAAAAACAAAACAAAAAUAAAAGCUGUUCACACUCCCUUGUGCCUUCCCCUCGCUCCCUGAUGUCACCGAUCUGAAUGACCCGUGGGACAGAGCGUACACACAGCGGGUCAAAGCAGCCCGAGGUGGCGGAGGGAGAUAUUUAAGGUCUCAGGUGCAGACUCCUGAUGAUGGGACUUAGUUCUAGCAUCUGUCCAAUUUGUCCGGUGUGAGUGAGAAAGGUGUAGAAAUCCAACAGCCGAGCUAAAGACUGGAAUGUAGAUCAGAAACCCACAAACGUCCUCUGACUGCCACGCAGCCUUCAUCAUACAAGCACGUGCUACUAGUGGCCUGGAUGCAUUAAGAAACAGCUAGCUGCUGCUGCUCAUGAAAUCCAAUGUACUGUAUUUUUAAGAAAAACCUAUGCAGUCAGUGCUUGCACCUACUUAAUAUGCAGUGCUUUAAACGUGGCAGUGCAGCUGAGCCUUUUCAACAGUCCGACCUGAACUCCAGCUUUUACAACCUGUGAGGCUUUGGACUGACUUGGUUUGAGAGACGGACGUGUUGUAUCCGUCUUUAUGUUUGUUAUUCUAACUCAGAGUAGCACAAGUCUCCAGAGCAGAAGAGUGAGAUUGUACACUAGCCGUCACCAGAGCUCGCCCCCUAGUGGUGGCUCUGUGUAGUGGCUCUUCUUCUUCUUCUUCUUCUUCUUCUUCUUCUUCUUCUUCUUCUUCUCUCCCCCCUCUGAAAUGCUCGACUGGGCCGCAGCCAUCUUGAAUCACCUGAGUCACUGAACCCUGUUACCUCAGAGGAGAUCAGGUAUCAGUGUGAGUGAUUCACAAGAAUUGACGAACAUGCAGACUGAUUGUGUUUUCAGUCCACACUGUCAGAGGCCUCUCCUAACUGCACACUCAGAGACACGUUACCACCACCCAACAGUAUUUUAUACCAUGAAAUUCUCUCAAUAUCGCUGUUACCAUGUUUCCGUUGCGUGUGAAUAUUCUCCGACCGUUUAUAAGAUGUGCUGAGAAGUGUGGGAAAGAAGCAGAAAUGGGGAAUGUGGUGAUCUUUGAGCAUGAACAGGAGACUGUGGUUCUUCACUAGCAUGCUGUUAUGAUGUGUUUGUGGUUUGUGGUAUCUGCUAUAAGGGUCGGGGGUUGUGUCCAGGGACGAAGGUCCUCUACUCAAUUUAAUCUAAAACUUGCAUUGUGAAUGGGCUGAGGGUUGUCUGAUGUUUAUUUGUGGAUUCUUUUUUUUUGGGGGGGGGGGGUGGCUUUGUUUACUGUUUUGAUGUAAUCUGUUAUUUCCAAAUUGUGGUGCGAGCUGCAAUGUUUUCUAUCCUAUAUGUAUUAAGUGCUACGAAAAAUUGUCCUGAUUGUUUAAAAAGCAGGAUUGUUGACGUCAGAACGACGACGAACACAAACACUGACGCAGAACCAAAUUGACACCGCGCACCACACAUUUACUCUAGCCUUUCAUCACGCCCCGAUUGUUUUUGAAAUGAGUGAUCAGCGCUCUAUAAUGAACUGAUGUCCCCCCCACACAACCUUUGAAUGAUCCUCCCCUCCCUUUGUUUUGACGUUUUAGGGUGAAUGGGAUUUCAUUUUUUUGUCAAACUACUGUUAUUAUUUUUCUCGUUUCUUUUCUCCCCACUCGUCCCCGGUUCUCUGAGCUCUGAUUGGAGGCAGCAUCACUGAGGGGGGGAAAACACCCAGCAGAUAAUUACAGAAAACUACAAGAACCUCAGGAAGAAGAAAAACAACAACCAACCAACAAACAAAUCCUUUCCAGCGGAGUGAACCCCGGGGAGUCUCGCUUCUUCUGGCUUCAAAGGACUGUUUACAAUCUCUACCUUGAUAUGCACAUGUGGAUAUUUGACGAUCACU